AUGGGCGUGCAGGACCAAGCAGUGGAUGGCAGACAAAGAUUGGUCGGACUGUUUUCGCUUUUUGCCCCGUGCGUUCUGGCGGAGAAGAACCCCAUUGAUACCACCACGCGCGAGCACAUUGCGAAGUACGCGCCGAUGCUGCGUGACCGGGCUUUCAGGCUUGACAAGGCCGCUGACUAUCUGGAAAGUUGGGUGGCCGGGGUUCUCGUGGAGAAGCCAUUGCUCAACUGCGAUGUGACACCUGCUGUGCAUUCAGUGGGCAUCAGCUUGGCCGUCCGAAGGAUCACACAAAACUCGUCCGUGAGUACGAUCAACGGGCCGAGCGAUCGAUCGUGCUGCGUUCAGCCGCGACAGCGUGGGCUGAUGGAGUACCCUGGGCAGACGCUCUUCACAUGGCAGAAGUCGCUCAGGAGCGUGCCGAAGCUGCGUCUGCAAGGCGUGAUCGGGUCGCCGGUAAAGGCCGCGGGAAGCAGGGUGGGCCACGUGGCAAAGGGCGAGCUUCUGCAGUCGCUGCUGGCGCGGCGGCCUGACAAUCACUCGUCGACCGAGGUUUUGGCGUUCCGCAGAUUCUGCUACGGCGAUGAGAAUGUUCAGUUAGUCAAUUCAGAACAAGCGCUCAAGGACACCGUGCUGCCCGCCGGCUCCAUCGACGCCUUCCUUAGCAACCAAAUGGAGAAAAAGCUUGACUUCGCCCGGUGGAUGGACAACUUCUGUCCUGCAGAUGCUGAGAAGGCCUACAGCAUUGACAGCAACGGCUGCUACUUGAGGCCCUUCCAGUUGGGAUGGCGCUCAGAUUUCGGAAUUAGCGGAAUGAUGGAGCCUGAAACGGCCGAGCUCCUCCUGGAACUCAUCUUGACAGAGGGGUUCCUGACUGACCCCAACGUUGUCGGUGUCGAGAAGUUGGGCGUCACGAUGCCUCCACCGGAGUACCUCGACGGCGGCAUCACCGAAUGCCCCGCCAUCAACCUGGGCAGUGCUUUGUUGCCACCCUUCAGUGUCGGGUACGUGAAAGGGUGGAAAAGAGCAGUGUGCUUGAUCCUGGCACUCUGUGGAAUCAGAGUGCUGGGAUUGGAGGCAGAAGUGCCCCACCGCAUUCGUGUGACAAUGGGCACCAUCCACUGCUCCUUCGGAGCCUUUCAAGAUGUGAAGGCCAAGGUGUUGGCUUCGCGAGGAGGAGCCGAACAGCAGUUUUCGGAGACUCAGAACGAGAUAGAUUGGCACUCCCAGACUGCCAUUGCGAAGGCCUUCCAAAUAGGCCGGAACGAAGCCGGAGCUGUGCAGCAGCUCAUCACGGCCGUGCCGAAGGAUGUGAAAAAUGCAUUGGAAACGGCAGUGAAGCAACGAGGUAUGGUGAAGUUUCUGGGCCAUGAAGCUGUGGCACGACAACUCUUCAGUGCCUCCUACACCAACACCUCGCCGGGCAUGGAUGCAUGGCGGGACCAGCUGACAAACGCCCCGGGCGAUUCCAGGAUUGUGACUGAACGUGAACAUCUGGUUUGCAAAAUUUGGGGUUGA